UAUCUCUCCGGGGUCUAUAUAUACCUCUCUUGUUCAUCUUCUUUCCCCUCACUAUAUACACUCGCAGAAACCUCUAGAGCCAUUGCUUAUUAUUCAUCUAUAUUUCUUCUUUCUGUCAAUACCCACCCUUUUCUUUGCUUUCCAAAUGGCCAGCGUUGAGGUUCAAUCAUCUGCUACAACAUUGCCUGAAAAUGAGACACCUGAGGUGACCGAGACUGUUGAGGCAACCCCAGAAGAGCCGGUGGCGGCAGCAGCAACAACGGCUGAAGAGCCAAAGGAAGUAACUCCGGAGACCCCAGUUGGAGAUGAACCCGCUGUCACAGAGCCUGAAGCAGCUCCAGUUGAGAUUGAAGCCAAGGUUGAGUCUGAACCAGCAGUGGAAGAGACUCAAGAAGUGAAAGCUGAGGAGCCUGUUGUUGAAGAGACUGUCCAACCCGAGGUUGAAGAAGCGCCGGUGGAGGAAAAGAAGGCAGCUGAGGAGGAGAAGCCAGUUGAAGCAACAGAGGAAGCAGCAGCGACUACAGAAGUUCCAGUUGAGAAGGCUGAAGAAUGAAGAAUAGGUGGCAAUGCCAAUGGCAUAGUCUUUCUUUAUUAUUAUUAUUAUUAUAAUUAUUAUUGUUACUAGUGUCACUUUGGUCAGGGUUUGCAUGAGGUUUGGACUUGGAGUACUAUUGGUCCACAUCAGCAGAAAAGCCACGUGGAUUGGCUUUGUUGUUCCAAUGUGGGUUCCAAGAAGGUCAUUGUUGUCAAAGAGUUUAAUACUUUGAAAUGAUGUGAUGAGUCACAUGAA